CUAAGAGGACUGGUCCUCCAGGCUCUGAGAAAUGCCUGGGGUAUCUGUGUGUCUCAUGGGCAGCUGCCGCCUCUACCUGUCCCUCAGAAGAUUGUGGCCACCUGGGAAAUCAUCAGCCUGGGCAGACAGCCAGUGCCUGAGUACUUCAACUUUGCCCAUGAUGUGCUGGAUGUGUGGAGUCAGCUGGAAAGGGCUGGGCACCGGCCCCCAAUCCCUGCCUUCUGGUGGGUCAAUAGCAUGGGAGCAGAGGUCAAGGGGAGCUUUGAGGAGUUGGGGGGGCAGUCCAGGAAGGCAGCUAACGUGCUGGGGGGCACGUGUGGCCUGCAGCCUGGAGACAGAAUGCUGCUGCUGCUUCCUCAGCUCCCGGAGCGGGGGCUGGUCAGUGUGGCUUGUAUGCGGACGGGGCUUGUCUUCAUGCCAGGAACAAGCCAGCUGACAGCAAAAGACAUCCUCCAUUGGCUGCAAGCAUCCAAAGCCAAGUGCACUGUAGCCAGUGAGGAGGUGAUCCCAGCAGUGGAGUCCAUUGUUUCAGAGUGUCCCGGCUUGAAGACCAAAUUCCUGUUGUCUCCACACAGCCAGAAUCAGUGGCUCAGCUUCCAAGAGUUAUUUCAAACCACCUCUGCAGAGCACAGCUGUGUGGAGACAGGAGGUCAAGAACCAAUGGCCAUUUAUUUCUCCAGUGGGACCACAGGCUCUCCCAAGAUGGUCCAGCACUCCCAGAGCAGCCUCAGAAUUGGGCACACCCUCUGUGGAAGCAGCAUGUCUGGCUCCUUCUCCUUUUUGCCAAUGCUGACAUCUGUGUCUUUCUCCAUCAUCCAGCCGCUUACCACUUAUCCCAUCACGACCCUGUGCAGUGCUCCCACUGUGUACUGGAUGCUUGUGCAAAAAGACCUUAAGAGAUGUAAAUUCGAGAAGCUGCUGCAUUGCCUAAUAGGAGGGGAGCCACUCAAUCCAGAGGUGCUGGAACAGUGGAAAGUGCAAACUGGGCUAAUGCUGUACGAGGGCUACGGACAGACAGGAAUAAUUUGUGCCAAUCAGAAAGGGCAAGCAAUUAAACCAGGCUCAGUGGGGAAAGGGUACUACCCUAUGAUGUCCAGGUGGGUAAUAUCUAACUGGUUCAAUAAAGAACCAGUUAGUGUUCAGCAUUGGUCCAAAUUCUUGAUGUGUGUAGUGAAAGCUUUUGUUGUCUUAUCUGCACCCUUUAAAUCAUCCAACCCAGAGAAAUUAACUCUUGAACUUCAGGAUCAUGUAAAAAAAUCAACUGCACCUUACAAAUAUCCAAGAAAGGUGGAAUUUGUUAAAGAACUCCCAAAGAUGAUCACUGGGAAAAUCAAACGCAACGUUUUAAGAGACCAUGAAUGGGGCUGA